AAUCUGACGUUCAUGUCAAUGAUCUGACAUAUUCAAGGUUUGAGGUUAUUUUAUUUUUUCCAAAACUGUCUGAUGACGGUUAUUGACAAAAAAACUUGAAAAAAAGUGAUAAAAUCGAAACAUACGUGAUGUAGCUAACUGUGAUAGUGAUAAUACUUUGCUGUUCCUAGGAUGAAAUUUUGAAGAUGGCAGGAAAAGAUGAUAUCGGUAAGAGAAUUUCAGAAACAAAAAGAGAAACUGAAGCAAUGAAAGCUCAACUACAAAGUCUCAUUAAUACAGGAAAGAAUAUCAUUGAUUCUGGUUUUCAUUCAGGAAUAUCUGGAUUAGCACAUUCUCAUAAUGAUGCUUCCGAUGAAAAUGUAAAGACAUCUCCAAAUAAAGUACAAAUUGUGAAGUCUUUCAACAUUGAUCAUUCCAAACAUGUGAACAAAAUAACUACCUCUAAAAAACCUCUUAUUACUAAAAAUGAAGCUCAAAAUGAUUCUCCGAAAAAAGUCCGUAACUAUAAUAGAGAUGAAGCUCGUGAAUACAUAAAGAAACAGCGAGAAAAACGCUUGGGACUAGCGAAAAUUCAAGAAACUGAAAAGCUCAAAGCAGAAUUACAAAAAAAGAAAUUGCAAGAGCUGCAUCAGAAAACUAAAGAAUUGGUUAGCAAAAAUGUGCAGGCUAAAAGAGAACGAUCAAAAUCUAGGGACAAAAACAUUUAUUUGAGGCCUGAUGAGAACCCUUUGAGAACUGAAAGACCUCGUUCACUUUCCAGAGAUAAAGAAGUUAGGAAAGGGGCUAUCAGUAAAUCGAAACCCGCAGUUUCUAAUAUCAAUAUGGAACCAAGAAAUCCAAAUUUACUACACCCUCCUUUACCGGACUAUGUACAAAGACAAAGGAAUAGACAUGAUGAAAGAAGCCGAUCUAAAGACAAUAAAGAACAAGAAGAUAAAACUCAGAAGAUAUCAGGAAAGGAAAAUAAUUCUCCCAACAAAAUUAUCAACACUGCAACACCAACAAAAGAAGAUCACUCAAGUCUGAAAACUUUGAAGCCGACUAACUUGUUUACUAAUAAUGAUAAAGACAGAGCAUUACUGGAUAACGAAAAAACUACAAAAAUCCAAGUUUUAUCUAACAUAACCAUACGCUCUCCUACAGAUGUUUCCAAAUCACAAAUGUUAGAUAAUGACCAAAAGAAAAGUGCCAAUAUAUCAGAUAAAAACUUACGUCGACCAAUAAUUUUGGAAAAAAACACCCAAGAAACUCAAACGAACGGGAUAUCAAAAGAAUGUCCAACUUGGCUACAAGCACAACCAGCUCAAGGAUAUCCAUAUAAUUUUAUCAACACUGUCAAACGGCAGCUUCAGUUUGUCCAAAAUUCUCCGAAACCAUCUGUAGAUAUUAGAAUUCAAAGCCUUCUAGUAGACUCAAAAUCACCCCUACAGAACCCAGAAAAAGUCAGAACAAAACCACAAUCAAAAGAAUUUACACACGAUUCUGCUAGCAAAAAGUCUAAUCUAAAUUCGUUCAUUUCCCAUAAAUGCCUUAAUUUAGAUCCUAGAAAAAUAGAUCACCUAGAAUUAGUACCUAAGGGUAAUUAUACUAGUCAAAACGAUAUUCAAUCUGAAACAAGAAUGUCAGGAACUGAAAGCGAGUCUGAUACUUCGAAAAACAUUCCAGAAAUAUCCAGUGAAAGCGGAACUUCAUUGAAAAAAAAUGCAGAAUCUGUAAGGAGAAACCUCAACUCCGAAUUAAACCUUGCCAUUAAUACCGAUAGGUUGAAUGACAUGAAACUAGUUUCACACACUAUCAGAAGUGCCACUACUACAAUAAGGUCCAAUAUCAAUGAAAUUCCAACGGAAUCCGAUUCUGUACAAAAUAAAAGUGAACCAAAACACAGUGAACUAACGCCUAACAUGAACAGAAAUAAAGGAAGCGUACGUUAUUCCAUGUCAAUUGAUGAUGACUAUGAAUCUGAUUUUCAUACGGACUUAUCGAGAAGCAGGGAGUCCAUAAUAUCUUCCAACAGUCCCACUUACAAUAAACAGAUCAUAUUAUUGAGUCCUGAAUAUGUUCCUUCAAAUCAUUCCAAGACUAGAACUGAAAGAAGUAAAACGAACUCUUCACAAUCAACUACUAGUAUCAGUAGAGAAUUAUAUUCGCAAAAUGUACCUGCGGCAAAGUCUACGCCAACAGAGAAACUCAUUAUAAAAGAAGUGCCUUCAUUAAACGUACAAAAUAGUAUAACCACGGAAAAACAUUCCACAAACAUUCCAAAUACGAUAGCCACGAGGGACAACUCGGAAACUUUGAACACAUCCAAAUUUUCUACUGAGAACGAACAGAAAAAAUCCACGAAAAAAUCGAAAUCUCCGCUGGUUUUCAACUCCCUACUUACCGAAUUCCAUCCAUCCAGAACCAUAAGCGAGAAUCUAUCGAAAUCCGACAGUAAUUUGAUGUUCGUGAAUACAAAAAGGGGUUCCAGCAGUUCUAACAAAACAUUUUCAGCUGAGCCAUUGAAACAGCCUAGCAUUUCCCUGAUCACAAAAGAGCAGUCAUUAGUCGAGGAGGAAAAAAGUAGGAAUAUGUUGAUCAAGAAUAUCUCGCUGAGAUCAAAUAAAACUGAAACUGUAGGAGUUAUGAAUAGUACCAAUGAGCUUCACUUGAAAUUUGAAGCUGAAAUACAUCUUUUGAAUGACUUCAAUGCUUCCCUUCAACAAGUUGCAGCUGUAGAAAAGGCAUUGGAAACUCUGAAAUCCAAUAGCAAAAUAACGACAUCGAAAAUCCUUCAAAAUCAAGAUACCCAGACCUCGGCCAGACCGAAAUCAUCUACGGCCAGCAAAAUUUCUGAUCCUGCCGUAUCGGAAAAGUCCGUCAGCGAGGUUGCCAGCAUCAAUUAUUCCCGAGGAUCAUUCGUAAAUUCUGUCAUAGAAGAGGACGUGAGCAAUAUACUGGGUGGUUCGAUUUUACAGAAUCAAAACGAUACCGCCCUUUCGACUCUUUUGGAUCUGUCCACCCUUACCCAGAGUAAAAACACGUCAGUAAUGAAGACUAGUGAGAAUGAGAUGAAUUUUGAAAAUCUGCAGACCAAUAAUUUCGCAGGAAUGUCUUUGAAUAUGUUUGAGCAGCUAAUAAAAGAUGAGGAUGCAAGACUGGAGAAUUUGAAGGCGAUUUUGAAAAUUAGGGAACAAGUUCUCUUAGAUCGGACCAAAGGAGAACUUGCUUGGUUGGAAAUACAGAGAAAACAUUUCAAAGAAACAGGGCAGUUGCAUGAGGCUUCUGUGAUCAAGAAAAAACAAAGAGGUAUACUUGUAAAUCACCAAAAAGAAAAGCAUGAGAUGCAAAGGAUGAAACAAAUGCAAAAGGCAGCUUCAGUGGAACGUAAAAUAGUUCUGAAAGAACAGAGGAACAUGAUAAGACAGCAGCUGUCAACUGACAACAUGCUAAAAAAGAUGAAAGUCAACACUCCCCGUGAAAGGCGACAGUCUGGCCCCCUCAAAGUGAUCCAGAGACACACCGAAUCCAUUCGAUCGGAGACCUCCGUAUCGAAAAGGAGUUCCAAGGAUCAAGACAGAGGUCAGGAAGUUUUGAGCAUAAAGUCGCAACUUUCGUCUGUGAGCAGGCUAUCAGAAAUAUCCGGAACCGAAUUGUCGAUAAAAGAAAUUAUGUCUGAUGCCGAUUCUACCCACCAACUAUCACAUGUGAAAAGGACUCUGCUGAUGCGAGAGACAGCUCUGAAAAAACGCAAAAAGACGGCGGAAGACCUCUUGCAAUGGCACGAAAAACUACUAGAAGAAGAAAAGAGAAUCGCCGAACUAGAAUCGACAGCGAGCACCAUCAUUUCACAAAAACCUAGUGCUUCAAGCCUAGGGGAAAAAUACAGGUUCAAAGGAAAACAAUUGAACCAGCUAUGGUACAAUUUGACGGGCUGUGAAAGCAAAAAGUUCUUGGAAGAAAAAAUUUAUCCGAUGUCGCAAAUGGCCUUGGAAAGAUUUUGUAAAAACGCUAGAGACUAUUCCACAAAAUCCACUAAACUCGUCGACAAAACUAGUGAUACUGAAGCUAAAAACAGUGUUGAAGAAACAGAAGCAAGUAGUGUUAAAACAGAGUCUAUCAGAAAUGAAUAUCCCUCAGAUUUUGACGUGGAAUCUGUGCUUAGCAAUGAAGAAGUUGAAAUUGUGGAUCAGAGUAUCAGCCAGCUGAUCACAAAUUUCAGCAAAAUCAAAGAGGACAUCUCUGCUCUAGGUAGCAAACAGUCGAAAAAAUCUGACGAGGACAUCGAUGAAAGUUUAAAUUUUGAUAAAACUGAUUCUGAAAUCGAAAUUUCCGUCAUUGAAACCAAUAAGGAUACUUUGGAGAAAAAUAAAUCACAGGAAACUGGAAGCCAAUUGAUUCCAUCCAUAAACACAGAAGAAAACUCCUCGAAAGUAUUCACAAAUCCAGAACAGAAUACAAAGACAGAAAUCGCUACAAUUUCUCCAGAUAAAACAUCACACAUUGAAGAAGAUUCCAUCAACAUCCAAAACUCUGUGGUUGAAAAUUUGAAUGAUUCCAAAGAAAUCCUCUUGAUGCUAGGUCAUUCUGAAGUACAAAAUGGCACUAGCAUUUCAGAAGACAUUUUGUCAAAAUUGAAUCAAGUAAUCAAUGAUUCUGAGCCCAAAACCUCUCAUAUUGAAUCACACUUGUCUUCAUCGGAAAAAGAGGAACUCAGCAGAGAAGUCAGGAACAGCCUGAGCACCACCGAGAAUAUACUGUCGAAAUUGAGCCAAGUUAUCAGCGAGGUUCAAGAGAAAAGAUCCUCCGAAGCUUUAACGAAUUUGUCUACUGAAGAAAAGAAAAAAGAAAUCGGAAGUGAUGAAGAGAAAAAAGGGACACAUUCCGCGGACAUUUCUGAAGAAAAAUCUCGACGUGCAAGUUUGUCUGCUGAAGAAAUAGAAACCAAUGCUGUAGAAAGCGGAUCAUCCAAAUUUAUAAGCCUAGUUGAAAAAACUGAAGAAGAUAUAAUUAUUGUCCCUGAAGAUUUUGCAGAUAUCGCUGAAAAAAUAUCAUCCAAAGAGACACAUUUCUCAUCAGAAGAAAAUGAAAAAGAGAUUUCCACUGCUAAAGAUUCUGCAGAUACCUCUACAAAAAUAUCACCGAAAGUUACAAGUAUCUUUUCAGAAGAAAAUGAGAAAGAAAUUCCUACUACUCAAGAUUCUGCAGAUACCUCUGAAAAAAUAUCCAAAGUAACAAGUAUAUUAUCAGAAGAAGGUGAAAAAAAAAUUCCUACUACUAAAGAUUCUGCAGAAACCUCUGAAGAAAUAUCCAAUGUUUCAAGUAUAUCAGAAGAAAAUGAAAAAGAUAUUCCUACUGCUAAAGUUUCUGCAGAAACCUCUGACAGAGUAUCAUCUAAACACACAAAUUUGUCUUCCAAAGAAGAAGAAAAAGAAGCAUCCAAAGUUGCAAGUUUGUUUUCAGAAGACAAUGAAAGAUAUGUUCAAAUUGCAGAGGAUUCUGCAGAUAUUUCUGAGGAGAUAGCAUCUAAACACCCAAGUUUGUCAUCUAAAGAAAAAUAUGACAAUACUGGUGAGAAGACUGAAGAAAAAAGAUCAUCCAUGGUAACAAGUUCGUUACCAGAAGAAAAUGAAACUAGAAUUGAUACUGCUAAAGAUUCUGCAAGUGUAUGUUUGCCUUCAAAAAAAGAACGAGAUUCUACAAAAAUUUGCGAUAUUUCGGAAAAUCAAACUAUUUCCCCUGACGAUGAAGAUCUUGAUGAAACUGAAAACACUUCUAGUGAAUCUUUAGAACAGCUUCUGAAAAUCAGUGAAACAGCAGAAGUUGAUAGGUUUGAGGAGAAAGUGUCUUUCAUUGUUGACGUCAGUCCCAAUUCUUCAGCUUCUCAAGAAAAGAUUGAAGAAAGUGUAGAUAAAACAUCUGUAGAAGUGGAAGCUGCAGAAAAAUACUCUUCUGAUGAGAGCUUGAAAGAAACAAACAUAGAUGAAGACCUUCCAGUUGAUACAGAGCCCAAAACAGAUCAGUUGAGCUCUGUGAAAGAUAUGGAAAUACAUGAAGGAUUGAGAGAUACUUCUCCAAGAAGUGAAGAAAUGCAGUCAUCUACUGAACCUGAUAUAUCCGAAACUCACCUGGAUUUGAGCUACGGAUUCAUUGAUAGGGCUGAGAAAACCGUUAGCAAUGAAUCUGAACCUCAUGUGUCCAAAGAGGACGUCAAUAUAUAUGAAGAAAAAGAACAAGACUCCCUUUCAUCUUCCACUACCACCACCAGUUCUUCGGACAAAUUGGGUCAGAUAGAUAGGGAGGAUCAAGAUAAAUCUGUGGCUUCUGAAAAAUCGAGUAGUUCAGAAGAAAAAUCUCCAAAGAGCGGAUCGGUUGACGUAAAGAAGAGGGUGUCCGAGAUUCUGGCAGACGCUAACCAAAACUCAAGGGGGGACAAGAGCCCUAGGAUGCAGGAUUUGUAUGUCACUACCUAUGAUCUUAUAUCGCCUGCUAACUCUCCAGAAGCUGGUUCACCCACUAAUGAAAGGAAAUUCAUUAACAGCAUUUUCGGUAAUGAAGCUGAGGAAAUUUUGAGGAAACAACUCGCCAUUGAACAGGAGAUCAAAGCAAUCACAGAACAACAGCAGAAAGAACAACGAAUCCCUCAAGUGUACGUCAGAGAAAUACCAAACAAACCACCUCCACCAUACACCCCACCUUCUUCCCUACCCCCCGUGAACUACCCCACAAUCGUCCCUACCGUCCAAGAAAUAGAAGAAAUCACCAAGUACUCCGCGAAAAUUCUGCACAAAGCCUACGUUUCGAGAAACCUAGAAAACAUCAGUAUAUCCGAGAACACCCUAAGCCUGAUCUCGAAGAACGUCACCAAAGAGUGCUACAAGUUCGUUUUCGAUUUGUGCAAGGACAUUUCCAGGGAGCACUACAAGCAAUUCAAGGAGGAAAAGUGCCCCUCCUGGCUGGUCCCCAAUAAAAAGCCUCAGCUCACUGUGAUAAAGCCUCUGGACGUGAAUGGACUUGAAGCGCUGAUGAACAAGAAACUCAAAGAGCUGUUUUCGUACGAGAAACCGAACAAGAGAGAAAACACGAUAAUUAAGUGGAGCAGGAAGAAACGAGACCACGUCGACGAAAUUCUGGUGAUGGAGUCUCAAGCAGAGGAAGUCCAAUGGACGAAUUACGAUCAGGAAGAGUUGGUCGUGAUGGACCAGGUUACGAAUGAGAUUAUGAAUAUGUUGCUCAAAGAUACGGGCGAAGCGAUGCGAGCCUGUUUUGAAAUCGGUUGAAAUGAAAAGUAGUGAAAAGACAUUUUAAAAAUGGUAUACUCAAAUAAGACAAGCUCGUUAUUGUUUCUUUUAAACAGCACCUCUGAUAAGUGCCUUAUUUUAGUUAUUUAUUUUUCUAGUACUACAGUUUGUUAUAGUAUUAUUUUUGACUGCCAUAUUGUAUUUUUAUUGAAAAUAAAAGAAUUUUCUGAAUUUUUA